ACACACACAUAUAUAUAUAUAUAUCUACUCUGGAUGAGAGCUAGGGUUUUCUACUUUCUAUUAUACCACUACCAGCAGCCCCCUCCCACUCUCGCGCUCGGCAAUCACAAGCAGGUCGCCGGCCUAUUCCUUCCGAUUAAAUUUACGGCCACACGAGCUACGUUCCGACCAGAUCGUAAUUUUGUGGAGAUAGUUAAGCAGUAAAAGUUGGCCAUAAUAUUUCAGGCAUCAGUCGGCAUCUAAAAUUCGAGAAAAGUUUAUUGCUUCAUUUUUUUUUUACACCUGUUAAGCAUCAUCAUCCUCUUGAUUUUUUUCCAUAAUUCUAUCUUGCCUGUUUCUGUUAGUAUUGCUGCUAUGUUAUGAUCCCUUUCUAUUGAAAAUUAUUCACAUUGAAACUCCUUGAAGCCAUUUCUCAUGGCGCAAAUUCAAUCAAGAUUCUUACUCGGAAACUCCUUUUGGCCUCUAAUUUUUUCUCCACCUGUCCAUAUUUGUAUCCUUUCUUCUGCAAAUGCUUCUGGCUUCUGUGCUUCCAUCACAGUUGCUGUGCAAGUUUACUUUAUUCGACACGUAAGAUGCCGAGGACAAGAGCCAGUUCUGCAGCAGCAAAAUCAGAUGAGCGAGUGAAGCCUACUGAACCUGAAAAGCCUGUUGAGUCUGAAGAGCGGGUAGACCUUGACGGAGACAAUGAUCUUGAGGAGACAGUAGAGGAAGAGGUUGAAUAUGAAGAAGUUGAAGAGGAGGAGGAAGUAGAAGAGGAAGAAGAGGAGGAGGUAGAAGAGGAGGUGGAGGAAGAGGAAGAGGAAGAGGAAGAAGAGGAAGCUACUGAUGUGCAAAAAAGCCCAGAUGGUGAUGAAGAGAUGGAAGCUGCUGAUGCUGAUGCUGAUGCUGAUGAGGAAGUACAAAAAAAGCAUGCUGAGCUUCUUGCACUUCCUCCUCAUGGGUCAGAAGUUUAUCUUGGUGGCAUUCCUCAAGAUGCUUCCGAAGGGGAUCUUAGGGGUUUUUGUGAAUCUAUAGGAGAAGUCACAGAGGUCAGAAUAAUGAAGGGAAAAGACUCAAGUGAGAACAAAGGUUAUGCUUUUGUUACCUUCAGAACUAAGGAAUUGGCAUCCAAGGCGAUUAAGGAGCUUAACAAUGCUGAUUUAAAGGGGAAAAAAAUCAAGUGUUCAACAUCUCAAGCAAAGCAUAGGUUGUUCAUUGGCAAUGUUCCCAGAAGCUGGGGAGAAGGGGACAUGAAGAAAGUGGUAACUAGCAUUGGUCCAGGAGUUAUCUCUCUGGAGCUGCUGAAGGACCCACAGAACUCAAGCCGCAAUCGUGGGUUUGCAUUCAUCGAGUAUUAUAACCAUGCAUGUGCGGAGUAUUCAAGACAAAAAAUGUCAAACCCAAAGUUUAAGCUUGAUGAUAAUGCUCCAACAGUGAGCUGGGCUGAUCCUAAAAAUGCAGAGUCUUCAGCUGCUUCCCAGGUUAAAGCAGUUUAUGUAAAAAAUUUGCCCAAAAACAUUACUCAGGAUCAGUUAAGGGAGCUGUUUGAACAUCAUGGAAAGAUCACAAAAGUAGUACUCCCUCCUGCAAAAGCAGGACAGGAAAAGAGCAGAUUUGGUUUUGUUCACUUUGCGGAAAGGUCUAGUGCCAUGAAGGCUCUGAAGAACACUGAGAAAUACGAGAUAGAUGGUCAAGUUUUGGAGUGCUCUCUUGCAAAGCCACAGGCUGAUCAGAAGUCAUCUGGUGGACAGAAUUCACAGAAAUCAGCCUUGCUUCCAAGCUACCCACCUCGUGUUGGUUAUGGCUUGGUUGGGGGUGCCGGCUUUGGUGCCCUAGGUGCAGGAUAUGGUUCACCCUUUGGACAACCACUGAUUUAUGGUAGGGGACCUACUCCUGCUGGCAUGGCGAUGAUGCCGAUGCUGUUACCUGAUGGAAGAAUUGGAUAUGUCCUGCAACAGCCUGGGGCGCAGCCACACACCCCACCUCCACAGCAGAGAAGUGGCAAAAGUGGUGGUGGUGGUGGAAGCAGCUCAAGUGGUGGAAGACGUGGCAGUGACGGUGGGCGCGGUCGUAGCCGGUAUAACCCAUAUUAAUUUAGUCGUAUUGCUUGGCUGUGAAAUUACUACGGGCAGCACUUCUUAAAUUAUCAACUCUUUGCUUCCAUGGCAAUGUUCAAUAGUUAGCCCACAGAGCUAACAGCGUUUAUGUAAAGCGUUCUUAAAUUCUUCCGCUACUUUGUUCUGAAACAUAUAUAUUGCGCAUUAUGCAUUUCUGUUCUCGGAGAA